AUGGUUUCCCUCCGAAGAGCGUUCGCGGCCCUCCUCGCGACGACAUCUCUCGUCAACGCCCUGCCCUCGACAGUCUCCGACUCCACCACCAACUCCGCAGAAUCAAACUCAACAACGGCCUGCAACAACUCCCCCUCACUAUGCAGUCGCAAGUACAACAACAUCACUCACAUGGGCGCUCACGACAGUGCCUUCCUCCGCGACUCAUCCACGUCGAACUCCAUUGCAGGAAACCAGUACUACAAUGCCACAGUCGCCCUCAACUCCGGCCUUCGUCUGCUGCAAGCCCAGGUCCACACCGUGAACAGCACCUCCGGCACGACCCUCGAGCUCUGCCACACCACAUGCUCCCUCCUCGACGCCGGUACUCUCGAGAAGUGGCUGUCCUCUAUCAAGACUUGGAUGGACGCCCACGAGAACGAAGUCGUCACCAUCCUCCUCGUCAACUCGGACAACCAGGCCGCCUCCGUCUUCGGCAAGGUCUUUGAGUCCUCCGGCAUCUCAAAGUACGGCUACACGCCCUCCUCCUCCUCCGCCACCUCCAGCUGGCCCACCCUGCAGGAGAUGAUUUCGAACAACACCCGUCUCGUCACCUUCGUCGCCUCCAUCACCGCGGACUCAACCUACCCCUACCUCCUCCCCGAGUUCGCCUACGUUUUCGAGACGCACUAUGAAGUCACCUCCGCCUCGGGCUUCAACUGCACAAUCGACCGCCCCUCAACCUACACCACCGCCUCCGCCGCCGUCUCAGCCAACAUGAUGCCCCUCAUGAACCACUUCCAGUACCAGAUCCUCACCGGCGACAUCCUCAUCCCGGACGUCAGCGACAUCGACACCACCAACUCCGCCAGCACCUCCACCCAGGGCAACCUCGGCCUGCACGCGCAGACCUGCACUUCUCAAUGGGGCAAGAAGCCGACCUUCGUCCUGGUCGACUUCUUCAACAAGGGCCCCGCCAUCGACGCCGCCGACGACCUCAACGGCCUGUCGUCCAGCGACAUCUCCGGUCGCAGCAGCAGCAACAGCGCCACCGCGAGCAGCGCUGGCCUCGCAGGCCGCACGCCCGGCGGCAUGGAGACGGGAGCGCUCGUCGCGUUCCUGGCUGCCGCCGUGUUCCUGUUCUAG